ACUUGUUUUAAACAAACCCAUAAUUUUUAUCUCCCAAAGAAUUAUAAUCUUGAAAAAAGAAUCCUGCUAGUUACAUCAAUGGCUCUCAGAUCUUUGGAUAACACAUUGCCUCUAUCCCCUGAACGCCCUAAAAAGACUCUUAAAGUGGCAAACUUGAUGGCUAAAUCGAAACCUAAACAGCCCGUAGACUCGACGGUUAAUGAUGAGAACAAAGCCCCCCCUUUGGAUAGUGUUGUUGCUCCUGUCAUUGAUUCGGUUGAUUAUGUUUUGUCCGAAUUUCUUAAGCCCAUUUCUGACCCUGAUGUUAAGUUCAAGGGCCUAAUGGAAGGGUUGGAGUCAAAAGAUUGGCUGAUGAUUUGUGACUCGUUGAACGAUGUUAGGCGGUUUGCUUUGUACCACACUGCGCUUUUGCUCCCGAUCUUAGAAAAGGUUGUGAUGGUUUUAGUGAAAUCAAUGAAGAAUCCAAGAAGUGCUUUGUGCAAGACUGCAAUCAUGGCUGCUUCUGAUCUGUUUAAAUCGUAUGGUGAUAAGUUGCUUGAGUUUACUGCCUCUGAUGCUGUCGACCAAAUGAUGCUUCAACUGCUGCUGAAAGCUUCUCAAGAUAAAAAGUUUGUAUGUGAAGAAGCCGAAAGAACACUGAACACAAUGGUGGUGUCUACAACUCCUAUCCCUUUACUUCACAAGCUCAAGGUGUAUGUCAGCCAUGGAAAUAUGAGAGUUAGAGCCAAAGCUGCUGUUUCAAUCUCACAUUGUGUCUCAAAGAUGGAGAUGGGAGAGAUGAGAGAAUACGGGCUCAUUUCAUUGAUACAAAUGUCUGCUGAAUUGAUGAAAGAUAGACUCCCUGAAGCAAGAGAGGCGGCUCGAGGUAUAGUGUUGUUGAUUAACAAGGUGGUUAAGGAGGAUGUCAGUGAAGAAGUUGAAGACUCGGAGAAAUGGCAAAACUUCUGCCAAUUGAAUUUGUCAGCCAUUGAUGCAUUGGCUAUGGUCAAACUUGUUGCAUCUCAGUAGCAGUUUAUUUUUUAUUUCUUUUUGUGUGUCGAUUGACCAUCAUGCUGAUAAAGAUGGCAACUUUACUGUUUAUGUAAGAGUGGUUUGCUCUUCAUGCAAACUAUUUUCAAUCUAAUUGAGUUACGAAA